AGCCACCCGGAUGUUGAUUAAAUAAUUGAAAGGGCAUCGUGCGGCUGAUUUUAAUGGCAGAAAAAACUGCGGAGGUGUGUUGAUGACAAAACUGACAACAAACUCGACAACAGACCCUCUCGGCCGAGCGCCAUCUGUUCCACCCGACCUAGGGUUCAAACAUGGCGCUGUCAUUCCUCUUGGUCCUGGCAGCGACAGUGAUACUCAUCAGACCGGAGACACGUGUAACCAAGGCGCUACAUCAUAACUCGCUGGAGUGCUGCGGCGACAAACAGCGGACCAACAGUUCGUGUUUGAACGACACUCGCUGCGAGCCAGGAUGCUUCUUCCGUGUGCUGGAGAGCAGCAGCAUCAUUUGCAUACAGUGUGACUCUGCUACUGUAGACACUGACAACGUAACAACUUGCACUUACAACUACACGAUGGACAGGAAAAACCACACGACAGUCACAACUGUCAUGCCUAAAAUUGGAGGCCCAGGUGUGGCCGCCUCGCUUCUUCUUGGAACGCUAUUGAUUAGCCUGUUCCUGAUCCUGUCCGUCGCCUCAUUCUUCUACCUCAAACGCUCACAUCGACUCCCGAGCAUCUUCUACCGCCGCAACAAAGCCUUCAUCUUUCAGCCAAGCGAGACCGCUGUCAUGAUUCCCUCCUCGACAGCUAGGAAACAAAGAUACAUGCGGCGGGAGAGGCCCUCCGUGGCGCAGAAAAGCAACAUCACGCAUGCUGCACCCACCACACGGGUCUAUAACAUGUAGGAUGUUGGAGCCCAAAUGACUUGUGAAAGGAGUUAGUGACAAAAUGUAGUGAGGUCAUUGGUCAGCUCGUAUUUAAACUUGUCACACUUGAACUCAACCUAUUUAUCAGUCUGUGCCCUUCUUACGUACGUUCGACGCAUUGACGCUGCACUCACAGUUGAGGUCUUAUUGAAGUAGCUUUUUGAGAGCCUAUAUAUUUUUUUAUGUCUUAAACAUUGCAGUAGCUCAGAACCAAGACGCCUUCCAUUGCAAUCAUUAUCAUGCUGCUCCCGUUUUAGUCAACACUCGUGCCAGCGACGCUACUCUCACUGUUUCAUAAACGGUGAGCUGUUACAGCUAUGCGUUUAUUGGUUUGAGGCUAACGUGCAUUGACCGCUUAGGCCAGUGACCUAGUUGGGUGAUGGUGACAAGGCAUCAUCACCGUUUGUGUUCUUUUUAGUGUGUGUGUGUAUCUAGCUUGCAUUGGUCUCAUUUUUUAUGUGUUUGAAUCUAUGAGUGAUGUUUUUCUACAUAUUUGUUGUCUCCCAUCAGCCAAAGUGAAUGUAUUUGCCAAGUUUGUGCCACAUGUCAGUUGUCUGCAUACACAAUGUUUACCUAUUUAUUUUAGCAUAACGCAAAGAUCCAUGUCCAAAUUGAUGAAUACUCAUUGUCAAUACAAGCGUAAACAAUGUUCUUAAAGUAUAUGUAUGCGAAUGGCGGGGUCCUGAUCUGAUACUGAUAUUGGAUACGGGUCCGAUAGCAGAGUUGUACCAGCUUUCAUGUAACAUCUCCUAAACAAGCAGUCCGGAGGAGUGUUUCCUUGUGCAACUCUGCAAAACAUUGUAUUAUUAUUAACAUUAAAGAAAACAAAAUAAGAAAGACAUAUUGAUCAACUAACAACAAAAAAACAUUUUAUUAACAUUGAGUUUUAGUUGGUAACAAAAAAGAUUUAAAGUGAAUCAAUUUGCCUGAAAUUAAAAGGUAAAUAAUUCUUAUUUAAACUGCGGUAAACAUUUUGACUGAAUUAGAUCAUUUGAUACUGAAAAAUAAAACUAAAUAAACUCAAUAAUGUAAUAAGGAAUUAAAAUUGAUCAGCAACAUCAACUCAGAAGCCCAAUAUAUAAAGACUAUAAAGGGGAACUGCCCUUUUUUUGGAAUUUAGCCUAUUGUUCACAAAUAUUAUGAGAGACAUGAUGACAAAUGUUUUUUUUAAUGCAUUCUAACUUGUAGAUAAAAGUCCGAUUACAAUGGAGCUAAGGGGAGGUCCUCUAUUCCGCCUUUGAAACCCAAUAAAUAACAAUUCAAAAAAUGCCAACAAUACUCCAUUUUCAUUGCGUUAUUUGAAUAUUAACUAAGUAUUAGUGAUAUUGUUAUUAUAAGCGCUGACGCAGACAAACUAUAGCGGCGCCCAAGUUUGUGGGUCUAUAUUGCCGUCAUCGAGUGGUAAGAUGCUUCCUUGCUUGUGAAAGUUUAUUGUAAAUCAUAAAUCAUGCUGGCUAGUAGAAGGAUGAGGACGUAUUACAAGUUGGUACACUUUGACAGCCAAUUUAGACCCGGAAAUGGUGAGAAAGGCACAAGGCGCUAGGUUCCACCUUCAUCUUAACAGGGCUCUAAGAACAUUAUAUCAUUUGGCAUUCUAAUGACAGACCUUGUACAGCAAGUGAUGUUUUAUUAUGUUUGUUGUCUCUCAUGAAGUCUGCAGUGAGUAAUAAACAGUGAUGUUAAAAAAAAAAAAGCAAACUUUUUGAUUGCGUUUUUUUAAUGAAUGUGCCAUGUAUGCUUAAAAUUAGCAAAAUACGUAAAUAUUGUAUAUACAUGUGCCCUUUACUACUUUACAUAUUUACUUACAUCUUGUAUAUAAAACUUUAAUGGAGGUGUUUGGAUGUUUUUUUAAGGGCUGUAUAGGCAGAAUGGGGCAACUCACAGGCUCCAUUGUACUCUGACUUUUGAUCACAUAUUUUUACUAAUUAGAAUACAUUAAAAAAAGAAAAACGGGUUCUUGUUUUAUGAGGAUUGUGAGUUACUCAAUAAAAAAGUGAUGCUCCCCUUUAAUCUGAAAAACUGAACUAACAAAACAACUUGGGCUGACUUUUUUUCUUGUUUUUGUCAAAAUGAAUGGCUACAAUAAGCACUAUUUCUGAUGCACAGUUUUUUGAAGGAUGAUACUGAUAAAACAUGUUCCUCGGCGGUCACACGCUCCCCCUGGUAUUGUACUGCAACCCCCCAGUAGGGCCCAAUCUAAUAUUUGAGGACUGCCUUAUUUGAACGUUAUUGCAGUCUAAAACCGCACGUUUGUCAAUAUAAACAAGUAUCACAUUAUUAUAGUUUUAUAUUGCUUACACAUACAAAUCUCCAAGGCAAAAGUGUAUUAGAAAGUAUCCAGUAACUUGUCCGCAUCGUUCUUACUGUGUCAUGAACUUAAUGAAUUCUUGUCACUAGUAAGUGCUACCAAAAAACUAAUUACCACUCUACCUCAGUGUAAUUAAGACAGCAUAAGUCCAUUCCAGAUGGUUAUUAAUCAAUAGGUUUGUGUUUUUAAUGACUACCAUUGUUCUGUUUUGAGUUAUUUCAUUCGAUCAAACAUUUCGAACUGUAAAAUAAUUCAUUUUUUAUUUGCUUUGAUAUCGUAUUAGAUCCAUAUCGGCAAGGGCCAGUACGCAAGGUCCAAUCUCGGCAUCGUAUCGGAAGUGUAGAAGUUUAUUGAGACAUCCAUAAUUAAAUGCCCUUUUUAGAAUGUGGCAAAAGAUUGUUAAAUCAGGGAUAUUGAUUAUUUCAAUUCAGUGACAAGAUCUUAGUAAGGCGCACCAGCAAGAUAUUUAAUUAUCAACAAGCUGGAAACAUUUUAAAUAUGACUAUAGACUUCCAUUGCCAGUAAUUGCAGAGAGAAUGGAAAGCACUGCUGACCGGACAUUCCAGAGGCCUUCUUACUGAAUGCACCACUUGUCAAAAGCAGACUGCUAAAGGUUUUAUUUGACAUAUUUUGAUGACACUUGAGGUUGCGGUAACAAGCAAAGGAAGUGAUCACAUGACUUAUUGUUUUUCCCAUGUUGACUACUGUGUGUGUUGUCAAUGAAAACAUUGUUUUAUACAGAUAAUAUUGUUUUGUAACGUGAUGAAGAUUGUCGUAAAUGUCUGCAGAAAUAAAGCACCUUCCUGAAAGACA